CCCCCGGCCCCCGCUGAGCCCCGGGGGCCCCGCCGUGGCCGAGGCCAUGUUCCCCGUGUUCCCUUGCACGCUGCUGGCCCCCCCCUUCCCCGUGCUGGGCCUGGACUCCCGGGGGGUGGGCGGCCUCAUGAACUCCUUCCCGCCACCUCAGGGUCACGCCCAGAACCCCCUGCAGGUCGGGGCUGAGCUCCAGUCCCGCUUCUUUGCCUCCCAGGGCUGCGCCCAGAGUCCAUUCCAGGCCGCGCCGGCGCCCCCACCCACGCCCCAGGCCCCGGCGGCCGAGCCCCUCCAGGUGGACUUGCUCCCGGUCCUCGCCGCCGCCCAGGAGUCCGCCGCGGCCGCGGCUGCCGCCGCUGCUGCCGCUGCUGCCGCCGCCGUUGCUGCUGCGCCCCCGGCCCCGGCCGCCGCCUCCACUGUGGACACAGCGGCUCUGAAGCAGCCCCCAGCGCCCCCUCCGCCGCCCCCGCCGGUGUCGGCGCCCGCCGCCGAGGCCGCGCCCCCUGUCUCUGCCGCCACCAUCGCCGCAGCCGCGGCCACCGCCGUCGUUGCCCCAACCUCGACGGUCGCCGUGGCCCCGGUUGCAUCUGCCUUGGAGAAGAAGACAAAGAGCAAGGGGCCCUACAUCUGCGCCCUGUGCGCCAAGGAGUUCAAGAACGGCUACAACCUCCGAAGGCACGAGGCCAUCCACACCGGAGCCAAAGCCGGCCGGGUCCCCUCGGGUGCUAUGAAGAUGCCCACCAUGGUGCCCCUAAGCCUCUUGAGCGUGCCCCAACUGAGCGGAGCCGGCGGGGGAGGGGGAGAGGCGGGUGCCGGUGGCGGAGCGGCCGCAGUGGCCGCCGGUGGUGUGGUGACCACGACCGCCUCGGGAAAGCGCAUCCGGAAGAACCACGCCUGCGAGAUGUGCGGCAAGGCCUUCCGCGACGUCUACCACCUGAACCGACACAAGCUGUCGCACUCGGACGAGAAGCCCUACCAGUGCCCGGUGUGCCAGCAGCGCUUCAAGCGCAAGGACCGCAUGAGCUACCACGUGCGCUCACAUGACGGCGCUGUGCACAAGCCCUACAACUGCUCCCACUGUGGCAAGAGCUUCUCCCGGCCGGAUCACCUCAACAGUCACGUCAGACAAGUGCACUCAACAGAACGGCCCUUCAAAUGUGAGAAAUGUGAGGCAGCUUUUGCUACGAAGGACCGUCUGCGGGCCCACACAGUACGACACGAGGAGAAGGUGCCAUGUCACGUGUGUGGCAAGAUGUUGAGCUCGGCUUAUAUUUCGGACCACAUGAAGGUGCACAGCCAGGGUCCUCACCAUGUCUGUGAGCUCUGCAACAAAGGUACAGGUGAGGUCUGUCCAAUGGCAGGUGAGGUCUGUCCAAUGGCGGCGGCGGCGGCGGCGGCGGCGGCAGCAGCAGCGGCAGUGGCAGCCCCACCCACAGCUGUGGGCUCCCUCUCGGGGGCCGAGGGGGUGCCUGUGAGCUCUCAGCCACUUCCCUCCCAGCCCUGGUGAGCUCCAAGUUGGUGGGGGGGAGAGGGGAAAAUGGAGGAAAGUCCCUCGGCACCAUCUCCUCUUCCCCUCUCUUUUCCCACCAACUCCUCACUACUUCCCCCACCAACCAAGGAGCCUCCAGAAGGAAAGGAGGAAGAAAUGUUUUCUUAGGAGAAUUCGCUAGGUUUUAACGAUUUGUUUCUCCUGCUCCUCUCUCCUCCCUGUGAGACCUGACCCCCCACACACCUGUUCCCUUGGUUGUGUUGAAGUCCCCUGGACAGUGGGCAGGGGGGGAGCAGAGGCCAGGAGUGGCCACUGCCCUCACCCCCUCUCCUCUCUGUGACCCCCUGGCCUGCCCUUCCAGGGAUUCGUGAGCCUUCUCUCCCGACGAUCCUUGCUCUCCUCCUCCCAGUGCCCCCGCCCCCCUGUCUGCUGCCCCUCCCUGGGGAGUUGGUGCUUUUUUUUUUUUUUUCCAGGGGGAGGGAGGAGAGGAAGGAGGGAAAUCAAAGAUUCUGUCCCAGAGAUGGGGAAAGGUGAGAUUUGAGAAGGGGCAGAAGGCAAAGGUUGUACCUUCAUCAGGUGGGGUGGUUUGGGGUCAGGCCCUGAACAUCAUCCUGCUUAAGAAUCUGUCAGGGGAAAACAAGUCAAGGGGAGCAAAAGAAGGAGCCACUAGGGCCAGAGGCAGGACAAGAGAUGGAAUCCUAGGGGCCAGGGUAAAUGGAGGUAUCCAGGGACUAGAGGUGCUUCCUGGGGGUGGGGGGAAUGCAACCACAGUGUCUCCCCCUUCCCUCUUCCACCCCAGCUCCAGCCCUGGCCUUUUCUUUUCAUCCCUCUCCCCCACGACAGAAGCUGUGGCCCUGGCCAUGUCAUCGUGUUCCGGUGUCCCCUGCAUGUUCCCCACCCUUCACCCCCUCCUUUUGCGCGGACCCCAUUACAAUAAAUUUUAAAUAAAAACCUG